AUGGCUCGCUACGACGACCGCGACCGGAAGCGCCGACGUUCCCGCCCCCGUUCCCGCUCUCGCCCACGCUCUCCUCGUCGCCACCGCCAUGCGUCACCACCUCCGCCUCCCUCUUCUCGCCACCGUCGUAAAUCCCCGUCCAAAUCCGACGUCUCCAGCACUCGGAAGGCUAAUUCCUCGCCAGUUGCCUCUAAAUCGUCGGCUCUCCCCGCUUUAGAGCAUCGCGAGGAGCUUUUAGCAGCGUUGGAGUACAACCCAGUGGUGGUGUGCGUGGGUGAGACGGGGUCCGGCAAAACCACCCAAAUUCCGCAAUAUUUGCACAACUCGGGGAUUUACACCAGUGCUAAACGCGGUUACGAUAGUGCUAACCAAGGGAAUCGUGUUAACCGUGACACGGAGGCAACAAGGGCGCAAUGUGUUGCCAUUACCCAACCAAGACGAGUUGCCACCGUGUCCGUGGCUCAGCGAGUCGCAGAGGAGAUGGGUACCCGCGUCGGCGGCGACGGACUUGUGGGCUACUCGAUCCGCUUCGAGUCGCGCUGCAGCGAGAAGACGAAACUCAAGUUUCUAACCGACGGUGUUUUGGUGCGCGAGUGUCUAAACGACCCCCUGCUUACGCAAUAUAGCGUCGUGAUGCUGGAUGAAGCCCAUGAACGCAGUAUUCACACCGAUUUACUCUUUGGAUUAUUGAAGCAAGUGCUUAAACGCCGUCCGGACUUUCGAGUGUUGAUCACGUCGGCAACAUUGGACGCCGACCGAUUCGCGGAUUUUUUCGGUGAGCGGUUAAGUGAAGAUAAGGGCAACAAGAGCAACAGCAAGAAGAAGAAGGUAAAGGAUAAGGUAAAGCCGUGUCCCGUGGUGAAAAUCCCCGGACGUGUGUUCCCCGUGGAUAUUUUCCACUCCAAGCAGCGGCAGAUCAUGGGACACAGAGGCCCAUUGUCUACUUACGUACGCGCAGCAGUGGAGACGACCAUGCAGGUGCACAACAGCGAGGAACCGGGUCAUAUUCUGGUGUUUCUAACCGGUCAGAGGGAGAUUGAAGACGCGUGCGCGCAGAUCCGAGCGCUGCAUCGAGAACAACAAGAAAAGCGAAAGGAUGAGAUGGAGUUGCGGGUUUUGCCGCUGUAUGGAGCGCUACAGGGUCGACGCCAGCGUGAAAUCUUCGAUGCAGUGCCAAUGGAUCGGGUGCGCAAGGUGAUUGUCGCCACGAACAUCGCAGAGACUUCGCUCACUAUCGACGGCGUUCGGUACGUGGUGGACUGUGGAUUCACCAAGCAAAAAGUGUACAACCCCGUGCAGCAAAUGGAGUCGCUGGUGGUUGUGCCCAUCUCCAAGGUGUCGGCGCAGCAGCGUGCUGGUCGAGCAGGGCGGACAGCGCCUGGCAAGUGCUAUCGGCUGUACAACAAGACGUCCUACGAGGAGAUGGACCAGGAAACGGUGCCUGAAAUCCAGCGUACCAACCUGGCCAACACCGUGCUCUACCUUAAACUCCUGGGCAUCCAGGAUGUGCUUGGCUUCCCGUACCUGGACCCACCGGACGAGGACUCAUUGCUGGAUGCGCUGAAGCAGCUUUACGUGCUAGGCGCGCUAGAUGCUGCAACUGGAGAGGCGACUCCGCUCGGUAAGCUGAUGGCUGCCUUCCCGCUAGAACCAAAGCUGUCACGCGCACUUGUGGAGUCGUUGCUGUUGGACUGUAGUCGUGAGAUGACCCAAGUGGUGGCGAUGCUUUCUGUUGAGAACGUUUUCGUUGAGACUCCAUCUAAAAGUAAGAGGCGGUGGCGACGAGAUGAAAGUGACGGUGAGGAUGAGAAGGCCCCCGAUUGGGAGGAAAGAAUGCUCGCGCUGAAAGAAGACGGCCUGCUGCAUGAAGAUGGAGACCAGCUCACGUAUCGCUUGAUUUUGAAAGCCUUUGAGUGUGUUUCACGCAAAGCGCAAGGCCACCGUCGAGAUCUCGAGCACUGGUGUGAAGACCGCCAUCUUUGGUUGAGGGCUCUAACCAUGGCUGGGUCUAUCGUAAAGCAGCUUCGAGACAUCAUCGACUCACUUCCUCGCCGCGAUCUCGAUGCGGUCAAGGAGACUAUAAGCGAUAGCGACAGACAACGGGAUGCCUCGCUCGAUGAACGUCUUCGCCAAGCACUUUGCGCCGGUUUCUUCAUGAACGCAGCGCGGCGGUGCACUCUGGAGACGGUGUAUCGGCUCAUGUACCGCGAUGACGAUGGCAAAAAGUCGGCGCAGCUCGUGCAGUUCCACCCGCUUUCUACCAUGUCUUACGUGUCGCCGCCUGAGUUUUGCGUCUACCAGGAGCUUGUCGUUACCAGUAAGCCGUUCAUGCGUGGGGCUUUGGCUGCUGAGCGUCGCUGGCUGGACCAGUACAGCAAAGAUAAGCUGAACGUCUCGGUGGCGCAGCUUUACGCACUCUGCGGGCACAAACCGCCCGUCGAGGAAAAGAGCGAGGAGAAACCAGAAGCUCAGCAGCCAGUUGUAAAUCGUGACGAGGCUAGUACGUCUGCACACACGUCGAAGCCAGCUCCAGUGACGGCUGAUGCCGUCGCGGCAGCUCGGGCACGCUUCUGGGCUCGCAAGAAGCGAUCAUAG